AUGCCCCUGCGCCGCGCCGCUCGUGCUUGCGCCACGCCCCGCACCACUCCCACGUGCACGCAACCUCCCCGCCACGCCAGCCUCGCCCCACGCCGCAUGCUGCUCGCCGCGCCGCCUAGCACCGUCGCCGCCGCCCAGGUCCCCGCCGUCAUGAACAUGCCCCUCCGCGCCUCCUUCACCCAAGAUCAUGGAUUGACUGAGGAGGAGCCCGAGGACCCGUACCAAGAGCAGGAACUCCCUGAAGACUUUGAGGAUGAGGAAAACCCGGAUUUUAUUGCUGAGGACUUUGAUCUCUACCCGGACCACAGCAAGCUGCACGGGUUCGUCCGCUUCUUCAAUCUCUCAACCGGCGACUUCGUCCGGAUCCAUCUCCCGCUAUUCAGGGAUCACUGUGUCCUAGACUCCAUCGACGGUAUUCUCCUGCUUCACCGGGACCACGACACGGCAAUCCGCCUGCUCAAUCCCUUCACCGGUGACAUCUUGGACUUCCCGCCUCUGGAGACCCUCCUGAGGUAUGUGAGCCCGACCAUUAUAGCUGCUGCCUCUAUCAACGUGAGUCUCGAUGAAGUCGUCCCGAUCAUGAUUGUGGGGUCACCUGCUAUGAAGGUAGCCUUUGCUACCUCCAGGGAGCAGCAAUGGAGGGUUUCAAGCUGGUCCUUGCAACAAACUUUUAGUCCAUCGCCAUUCCAAGGCAAGCUAUAUGUGGUGCGUGAUUGCGGAGGGUUCACUGGACCAGAGAUCCUAGAGAUUGACCCACCCCAACUGGAAGGGAUGGAACCCAGGGUGCCACCACCAAGGUCGAUUGCCAAAUGUCCAGUAAGCAAAUCCGAUGGACCCACCCGGUACCAUUUGGUAGAACGCUCAUCAGAGAUUCUGGUGAUCGCCAGAAGCUUUGGCAUAACCAAGAAAAUUUCAGCCUACAGACUAGCUGAUCUUAUGCUUGGAAGGAAUGUCCUGAUGACAUGCAUCGAUGGCGAUGCCCUCUUCAUUGGUGAGAGGAAUCUGUGUGUCGGGUCUAAUGCGUUUCCUACAAUUGUGGGUGACACAAUUGUCUUUCACCAUAGAGAGAAGCGCUAUCUUGCUCAAUACCACGUCAGCAGCGGCACAUUGUCACCAGCAUCAGAUGGAUCUAUCGUAGGAUGUGCUAUACCAAGUCCUUGUAGCAUCAUUUUCCAUAUCUACACAUGUUGCUAUCGUCAACAAUGGAACAAGGGACAGAUAAAGUUUCAGGGGGAGAUGAAUUGGUGGCGGGUGAAGGGAAAGUGGCGAAUUGGGUAA